AUGCACAGUUUAUAUAACAAAGUGGCUAUAGUGACUGGAGGAGCUUGUGGUAUUGGUGCAAGUGUUGUUAAGGAAUUUUUAAAGGAAGGAACUAAAGUAACGAUUCUAGACAUCAACGAGCAAUCCGGUAAACAAAUCAAAGAUGAUUUGUCAGUCAAAUAUGGAGAGCGAGUCCAGUUUUUGCUCUGUGACGUCACCGAUGAGAACCAACUCAUGAACGCUUUCGAUGAAGUUACCGCGCGUUGGGGUAGUUUAGAUCUCGUAGUAAACAACGCUGGGAUUGCUGAUGAGUCAUUUCCUAUGUAUAAGAAACAAAUUGCUUUAAAUUUUACGACUGUAAUCACGUCGACGUUAAGGGCGAUGGAGGUGAUGCGUAAGGACAAAGAAGGAAAAGGGGGCACGAUCAUCAACGUAUCAUCAAUAUUGGGGCUGAUGAGGGUGUCCCCGGGGCCUUUUGUGUACGGUGCCAUCAAGAAUGCUCUAGUACACUUCGGAAGUACUAUUGGGAUGGAUGAAUAUUAUUCCCGCACAAAUGUAAGAGUUAUAACAAUAUGUUUCGGACUCACUCAGACCAGUAUUAUUCAGAAUACUAAAAGUUUUGACGAACAAAUCAAUACGGAUGCGGAAAAGAUCUUACGAGAUGUUUUAGUUCGAAGUCCGGGACAAACAACAGAAAUUGCCGCCAAAGGAGUCGCAGAGAGUUACAAGAACGGUACAAGUGGAAGCACAUGGCUAGUUAAUAACGGCGUCAUAUCCGAUAUUACUUCUAGCGUAGUGAAAGCAUACGAUGUGAUGAGUGAACACGUUUUUGCGCGGUGUUAA